ACUGACGGGGCUGAGGGGUGGCUGACCAUCUUAAGUCGACUGGCAGCCUGGCCUGGCCCAACGUUCCCGGGGGAAGAGGGUGUCUGAGUGUAUUCCCAGUUGCAGACUAACGCCGGGGAGAGGAAGGAGCCGAGCGGGAGCCUCCCGAGCCGCCGCCAGCCCCGACGCGGAGCCGAGUCCCGGCUCCCCUUCCUCCGCCCCAGGCCCGGGCCAUGGCGCCUCCUAUCCGGCCUCGGUGACCGCCCUGCCCGGCCCGGCCGGCCGCGGGGCCCAUGGCGUGCGGGGGCCCGAGCCCCGGGGGGCCCGGUGGGGGCGGGGGCGGCGGGGCGGGGCUGGGGCCCGGAGCCGCCCUGGGCAGCCCGGCCCCUGCCUGGUACCACCGCGACCUAAGCCGCGCCGCGGCCGAGGAGCUCCUGGCCCGGGCGGGCCGGGACGGCAGCUUCCUGGUGCGAGACAGCGAGAGUGUGCCCGGAGCCUUCGCCCUCUGCGUGCUGUACCAGAAACAUGUUCAUACCUACCGAAUCCUACCAGAUGGAGAGGACUUCCUGGCAGUGCAGUCAUCCCAGGGCAUUCCUGUACGCCGGUUUCAGACACUGGGUGAGCUUAUCGACCUAUAUGCACAACCCAACCAGGGUCUGGUUUGUGCCCUCUUGCUGCCUGUGGAGAGGGAGGCUGAGGUCCCCGAUGAGCGAGACUACUCAGAUGGGGAAGAUGAGAAGCCCCCACUGCCUCCUCGAUCAGGCUCUACCAGCUUCUCUGCCGGCAGUAGCAUUAGCAGUGUGGCUAGGCCCAGCAGUCCCCCACCAAGCCUGGAGUCCCCCACAACUCCUGCCACAGAGAGUGCUCCCAAUGGGUUGAGUACUGUCACAGUCUCCCACGAGUACCUGAAGGGCAGCUAUGGGCUGGACCUGGAGGCUGUUCGGGGAGGGGCCAGCAGCCUUCCCCACCUAACCAGAACCCUGGUCACUUCCUGCCGAAGGCUACACAGUGAGGUGGACAAAGUACUGUCCGGCCUUGAGAUUCUUUCUAAGGUGUUUGACCAGCAGAGCUCACCAAUGGUGACCCGGCUUCUUCAGCAACAGAGCUCUGCACAGACUGGAGAGCAAGAGCUGGAGAGUCUGGUCCUCAAGCUGUCGGUGCUAAAGGACUUCCUGUCUGGCAUCCAGAGGAAGGCCUUGAAAGCCCUGCAAGAUAUGAGCUCUACAGCACCCCCAACUCCACUCCAACCAUCCACUCGUAAAGCUAAGAGCAUUCCUGUGCAAGCCUUUGAGGUGAAACUGGAUGUGACUCUGAGUGACCUUACCAAGAUUGGGAAGUCUCAGAAGUUCACGCUGAGUGUAGAUGUGGAGGGUGGACGGCUUGUGUUGCUCCGAAGGCAGAGGGACUCCCAGGAGGACUGGACCACAUUCACACAUGACCGAAUCCGACAACUGAUCAAGUCCCAGAGGGUCCAGAAUAAGUUGGGCAUUGUAUUUGAGAAGGAGAAAGAGAGGACCCAGCGGAAGGACUUUAUCUUUGUCAGUGCCCGGAAGAGGGAGGCAUUCUGCCAGCUGCUGCAACUGAUGAAAAAUAAACACUCCAAUCAGGAUGAGCCAGAUAUGAUCUCCAUCUUCAUUGGCACUUGGAAUAUGGGCAGCGUGCCACCCCCCAAAAACAUAACCUCAUGGUUCACCUCGAAAGGCCUGGGGAAGACUCUGGAUGAAGUCACUGUCACCAUCCCCCAUGACAUCUAUGUAUUUGGGACCCAGGAGAACUCGGUGGGUGACCGGGAGUGGCUGGACCUACUUCGAGGUGGCCUCAAGGAUCUCACCGACCUUGACUACCGCCCGAUCGCCAUGCAGUCUCUGUGGAACAUCAAGGUGGCUGUGCUUGUGAAGCCAGAACACGAGAACCGCAUUAGCCACGUCAGCACAUCCAGUGUGAAGACAGGCAUCGCCAACACCCUGGGUAACAAGGGGGCAGUUGGUGUCUCUUUUAUGUUCAAUGGCACCUCAUUUGGCUUUGUCAAUUGUCACCUCACCUCUGGCAAUGAGAAGACCGCCCGGAGGAAUCAGAAUUACUUGGAUAUCCUUCGGCUGCUGUCCCUGGGUGACCGACAACUCAGUGCAUUUGACAUGUCUCUGCGAUUCACCCAUCUCUUCUGGUUUGGGGACCUCAACUACCGACUGGACAUGGAUAUUCAGGAAAUUCUCAAUUACAUCAGCCGAAAGGAGUUUGAGCCCCUUCUUCGGGUGGACCAGCUCAACCUGGAGCGUGAAAAGCACAAGGUUUUCCUGAGAUUCAGUGAGGAGGAGAUCUCUUUCCCCCCCACAUACCGCUAUGAGCGAGGCUCCCGGGACACCUAUGCCUGGCACAAACAGAAACCAACUGGGGUCCGGACCAAUGUACCCUCUUGGUGUGAUCGCAUCCUCUGGAAAUCUUAUCCUGAGACCCAUAUCAAUUGCAAUUCUUAUGGUUGCACAGAUGACAUCGUCACUAGUGAUCACUCCCCAGUGUUUGGAGCCUUUGAAGUUGGGGUUACCUCCCAGUUUGUCUCCAAGAAAGGGCUCUCCAAGCCAUCGGAUCAGGCUUACAUCGAAUUUGAGAGCGUGGAAGCCAUAGUCAAAACUGCCAGCCGCACCAAGUUCUUCAUUGAAUUUUACUCCACUUGCCUAGAAGAGUACAAAAAGAGCUUUGAGAAUGAUGCCCAGAGCAGCGAUAACAUCAACUUCCUCAAAGUUCAGUGGUCCUCAAGGCAGCUGCCCACGCUGAAGCCAAUCCUGUCAGAGAUUGAAUACUUGCAGGACCAGCACCUGCUGCUGACUGUUAAGUCCCUGGAUGGAUAUGAGUCUUAUGGCGAGUGUGUGAUUGCACUCAAGUCCAUGAUUGGCAGCACAGCUCAACAGUUCUUGACUUUCCUAUCCCACCGUGGUGAAGAAACAGGGAACAUCAGAGGCUCCAUGAAGGUGCGGGUGCCAGCUGAACGGCUAGGCACCCGAGAGCGGCUCUAUGAGUGGAUAAGUGUUGACAAGGACGAAGCAGGAGCAAAGGGGAAACCACCAUCUGUCUCCCGAGGGAGCCAGGACUACAGGUCUUGGAGCCGAAAGCCGGGUCCUACCGAGGUCUCCUGCCCUCUGUCCAAGCUAUUUGAUGAGCCUGAGAAGCCGCCUCCAACAGGAAGGCCUCCAGCACCACCUCGUGGAGCACCUCGUGAGGAUCCACCCCCUGCUCCCAGGUCAAAGCCAGAAGGGGCUCCAGAACCAGAGGGGAUGACAGCCCCCCCGAUGAAGAAUAGCUUCAAUAACCCAGCCUACUAUGUCCUGGAAGGGGUCCCACACCAGCUGUUGCCCCUGGACCCCCCGGCCCCCACCCCUCCUGCCAAGGUUCCCACUCCGGCUACAAAGAACAAGGUGGCUAUAACAGUGCCCCCCCUGCAACCGGGCCGACGACGGCCCCCUCGAGCAGGAGAAGGGAGCUCAUCAGAUGAAGAGGGCGGCACCUUGCCCCCACCUGACUUCCCUCCACCACCACUGCCUGACUCAGCUAGCCUGGAUCUGCCUGUGGUGGGCCCUGGGGGCCGGGGCCGGGGAGGGGUUGAAAUUCGGGGGCCAUUGAAUCCUAAGACCCACCCCCGGCCCCCACUGCCUCCAAGUUCCUCACCAGCCAGUGCCUUCCUAGGGGAGGUGAGCAGUGGGGAUGACCGAUCCUGCUCCGUGCUACAGAUGGCCAAGACGCUGAGUGAGGCUGAUUAUGCUGCUGGUCCGGCCAGAGGGGGCCUGAUUGGGGGCCCCCUAGACCUGCCUCCCCGGGGUCUUCCCCCAGACUAUGGCCGUCCCCUUGGCUUUCCCCCUCCUCGAAUCCGCGAGAGCAUCCAGGAGGACCUGGCUGAGGAGGCUCCAUGCCCACAGACCGGGCGGGCAGGCAGCCUGGGCGAGGGGAGCAUGGGUGCCUGGCUUCGGGCCCUCGGCAUGGAGUGCUAUGAGGAGGGGCUGAUACACAACGGAUGGGAUGACCUGGAGUUCCUCAGUGACAUCACUGAGGAGGACUUGGAGGAGGCUGGAGUCCAGGACCCAGCUCACAAGCGCCUCCUGCUGGACUCACUGCAGCACAGCAAGUGACCUUCAGGAUUGAUUCUGCCCCAGCCUGACCGGCCGUGGUCCAUCAGGGCCCCGUCCAGACUGUGAGGGCCCCGACCGCCCAUUGUGUCCUCUCUGACCCCCUCCCCUCCAAGUUUGGAGGGAUUGUCCCUCCAGAUCCCCAUCAUGAAGGAACUUGUCCAUUCUGCCUUACCCAGUGCUGAGGAUGGUUGCCAUAGUUACUAGUGUCUCCCUCUGCCUAUUUAUUGGGGGGACUCCCGCCUCAGGGGAGGAGAAUUCCCCAGGCCACUCUUCUCCUUACCCAAUUGGGCACUUCUUGCUCCAUCCUUGUUGGCCAAUCAGUGUCUCUCUACAUCUAUAUUGGUUCGCUCCCCUCUCCAUUAGGGUUUGAGGUUGGUUGCCUAAUUUAAGAAGCUCUUCUGCUUACUCCAGGGAUGGCAUUGGUCCAAGGUUUUGUCCCCCCAAAUCUCCUCCCCAUUGGGGUUGCUGGAGGGGUACUGAUUUCUGCUCAGGGCCUCGUCCCCAGCGGAGAAAGGGCGCCAGUACAAGGGGGGUCCUUGUUACAUUUCACACUUUUUCCCUCCUCAUCUUGGGGACCCCCUGAGCCACAGGGAGCACUCAGUCAGGUCCCCACCCAGACUGGCAUCCCAUCCGGAAAUGAAGGAGCAGUCCCCUUCCUCCCGUUUGGCUGGGCUGGGGUCCCCACUGCCAUGGGGGGAAGGGUAGGGAGGGUUCUGUGUUAAUUUAAUUG